CGGCAUCUGUAGCAUCAGUAAAAACUUUUCGACAGAGUUCGGUGACAGCUAUAGUGGACGUUGUGUGAUAUACGUCUCUGGGAGCGUGCUUGCCCGCUACGUAUAGCUGGCUAACAACUUUUCGUCUGAGUUUGGGAAUUUAGACAUGGCUAUGCAUACAAGAGCUCUCGUAGCUGCAAAGUGGCUGGCGGACGCCGUUAAGGCUAAUAGAAUCGGGCCCAGUCUUCGGGUUCUGGACACCUCCUGGUAUUUGCCAAAGCUUAAGCGCAACGCAAAAAAUGAAUUCAAACAGAAACACAUCCCAGGCGCGUCAUUUUUCGACAUAGACGAAUGCUGCGAUAAGACAUCUCCUCUGGAUCAUAUGCUCCCAACCGAACACGAAUUUGCCGAUUAUGUCGGCAGUUUGGGAAUCGGGAACGAGACACACGUAGUAGUUUAUGACGGCAGUGAUUUCGGGUCAUUUUCGGCACCACGUGUGUGGUGGAUGUUUAGGGUGUUUGGCCACAGUUUGGUGUCGGUCCUGGACGGCGGACUGAAGAACUGGGUACAAGAAGGUUACCCUCUUACUGCCGAAUACUCUAAACCCGAACCCACCGAGUUCCGAGCCUCACUCAAUCGGUCCUGGGUAAAGUCGUACGAAGAUAUUGUGGAAAACCUUGAGAGCAAGCAGUUCCAGCUGGUAGAUGCCAGAUCCACGGGCAGGUUCCGGGGAAUCGAGCCAGAACCAAGAGAGAACACAGAGCCAGGGCACAUUCCCGGGUCUGUCAGCAUGCCCUUCUACUCCUUCCUGGCCCCCUCCGGCACGGAGCUGCCCGCCGAGGCGCUGGCGGAGAUGUUUCGGGAGGCCGGGGUGGACCUGACACGGCCGCUCUGCGCAUCCUGCGGCUCGGGGGUGACCGCCUGCCACGUGGUGCUGGCCGCCCACCUGUGCGGCCACCCAGGGGUGCCGGUUUACGACGGGGCGUGGUCCGAGUGGUACACCAGGGCGGCGCCCGAGCACGUGGUCUCCGAGGGCAGGGGGAAGCACGUGUGACCUAGCAGCGGGGACGAUGAAGAGCAGACCCAUCGACUGAGGAACCAAGAUCAUUUAGCUUUCGACAGGGUUGGGGCUUUGCGUAAAUGACCAUGUGGAAGCAGGCAAGGAGAAGCCAGGGUGAUGCAUAUUAGUAAGGUGAACAGAGGAUGCAUUCUUUCAAGGUGAAUGAAAAGGUUUUGGAUGAAUUCACAGAAAUGAUGUGUGUAGGAUUUAUGGUGUGUGGAUACAGAAUGUUGGUUAGUGGGUGGGGUGAAUUCUUAGAUGUAUUUGAAAUUGAAGCAGAGUCACAUAGAUGUGUUUUUGAGAGGGAUUAAAGGAUUAAUACAAUUAUAUACAUAUGCAUGCAAAACCCUUUUGCCAACACCACAGUGUUAAAAAAUCAUAAUAUUUAGGACUAUUACAUAACUUUCAAAACAUUUCGUUUUUUUUU